GGAUGCAGCGGCAGGUGGAUGCUGCGGUGCUCGCCGUGGGGCUUCCCCGCUCUUCCACGCUCCAGACACGGUAGCUGCCGGGCGGUAUUAAAUGGCUGCCUGCUUUUCGGGGCUGCCGGCUGCUUUGCGGGUUGGCUGUUCAUCAUCUUAGCAGCCCUGCCGCCUCUCGGGCAGCGCCCCCCCGGCUACGCUCCCCCAGUAUUCCAAAUCCCUUCCCCGCGCAGCCCGGGCCGGCCGAGGACGUGUGCACGCCCAGAUCCGCUCCGCGGAGCAGCACAGAUCCGCGGGGCCGAGUGGGAUUUAAAUGUCACUCAAAGCAUCCCCAAAUCAGCUUUCCGCUCGUCUCCGGCUUCUUCCGAAGCAUUAAUUGGAUCCUACGCUGCUUUUGAAAAGCUUGGGUGCUUUACCCACAAAGGAAAUUUGCUCCAUCUCCAGCAGCAACCACUGCUCCUUUUGAUGUUGUGGUACGCCGUGCGCAUGCGCUUCACAUUAGAAUUACUGCACUGGCCAGAAUAAGUUGGAUCUCUUCUUCUCUUCACUGAAACCCUAAAUCAUAUCAAAAACUAAAGGGAUGCUGAGAGUCCGGAAAAAGGGUUACUUCGGGAUUUGGUCAUUCCCUUUACUAAUAGCCGUGGUGUGUGCACAGAGUGUCAAUGACCCUAGUAAUAUGUCACUGGUAAAAGAGACUGUGGAUAGACUGCUGAAGGGCUAUGACAUUCGCUUGAGGCCAGAUUUUGGAGGUCCCCCGGUGGCUGUGGGCAUGAACAUAGACAUCGCCAGCAUAGACAUGGUCUCGGAAGUCAAUAUGGACUAUACCUUGACAAUGUACUUUCAGCAAGCGUGGAGGGAUAAGAGGCUGUCUUACAAUGUAAUACCUCUAAACCUUACUCUGGACAACAGAGUAGCUGAUCAGCUGUGGGUUCCUGAUACCUAUUUUCUGAACGACAAGAAGUCAUUUGUGCAUGGUGUCACCGUGAAGAACAGAAUGAUCCGAUUGCAUCCAGAUGGGACAGUCCUUUAUGGACUCAGAAUUACAACAACAGCUGCUUGUAUGAUGGACCUACGGAGAUAUCCGCUAGAUGAGCAGAACUGCACGCUGGAGAUUGAAAGCUAUGGCUAUACAACAGAUGACAUUGAAUUUUACUGGCGUGGGGGUGAUAAUGCAGUCACAGGAGUGACAAAGAUUGAACUGCCACAGUUCUCCAUUGUAGACUACAAGCUUAUCACCAAGAAUGUUGUUUUCUCUACAGGUGCCUACCCAAGGCUGUCUCUGAGCUUUAAACUUAAGAGAAACAUUGGUUACUUCAUUCUGCAGACCUACAUGCCUUCUAUUCUGAUCACUAUCCUGUCCUGGGUUUCCUUCUGGAUUAAUUAUGAUGCUUCAGCUGCAAGAGUUGCUUUAGGAAUCACAACUGUGCUCACAAUGACAACAAUUAACACCCAUCUUCGAGAGACUCUUCCCAAAAUUCCAUAUGUGAAAGCCAUUGACAUGUAUCUUAUGGGAUGUUUUGUCUUCGUUUUCAUGGCUCUCCUGGAGUAUGCAUUGGUCAACUACAUCUUCUUUGGCAGGGGACCACAGCGCCAAAAGAAAGCUGCAGAAAAAGCUGCCAGUGCCAACAAUGAGAAGCUGCGGAUGGAUGUCAAUAAGGACAGAAGAAUAAUUGGCACAUAUCAUUGUCCAGAAAUGUAUUCAACAAAGAUGGAUCCACAUGAAAAUAUUUUGUUGAGCACACUUGAAAUUAAAAAUGAGAUGGCUGCCUCCGAGGCGGUGAUGGGGCUUGGGGACCCUAGAAGCACUAUGCUGGCGUAUGACACUUCAAGCAUCCAGUACCGGAAAGCUGGCUUACCCAGACACAGCUUUGGUCGCAAUGCCCUGGAGCGACAUGUGGCACAGAAGAAAAGUAGGCUACGGAGACGUGCAUCUCAACUGAAAAUUACCAUCCCUGACUUGACUGAUGUAAAUGCCAUAGAUCGAUGGUCGCGCAUAUUCUUCCCUGUUGUUUUUUCCUUCUUCAAUAUUGUCUAUUGGCUUUACUAUGUGAACUAAGAAACAAAGCCACACAGGAAGCAAGAACUGGAUUUCUCUUCAAAUCGGUUGUACAGCCAAAAGUGGGACUUAGAAAAAUUCUAUUCAGGACAAAAAGUUAUUUUAAAACACCUUAGUUGCUGGCCCACUCUAUGGUGUGUUUUUAUAAUGUUUUGGUUGUAUCUGCUAAAUCUUAAAUAACGUCAAGUUGAAGUAUGGACAUAUCCCCGUACCAAAAUAUAAGUGCAUUGUGAGUGUGAAGGCAGAUUGGAUUUUGACAAUCACUUCUCUCUCAUUGUCCCUCACUCCUUUUUUUUCCUUUUUCUUUUUUUUUUUAAUGGCCAUUUGAGUUUAGAGGUAAAAAUUAUAGAGCGGCAUUUGAGAAACAAGUUCUAGUUUCAGCAGAAGUACAUACCAUUCCCUGGGAAACUGCAUAUCCAAGUCGUGCAUCUACACUUAAGAGAGUGUACUAAGUUGUUAUAAUGCUUAUGAAACAUACACACUUUACCUUUUAAAUGUGUAAACUUGAAAACAAGUAGUGCCUAUCAUCUUUCCAAGAUGAUGAUGGUCAGAGGUUUCCCAACCAUAUUCAGGUACUUCCUGAUACUUAUUGAAAGAACUAAGCCUUUGACUGGUAAUAUUAGGGUUGGGUAUUUGCACAGAAGCUGAAGCAAAAAGCACUAGUUUUGUUAGGAUUUUUAAAGAGAGAACAUAUGUUCACAGUCACAACAGCUGCAGUUGUGAUAAGUAGAGGAAUGUAGCAAUGUUGUAAAAAUGCAUCAAGUUUGAACGGGUAGAUAUGCUGCUGGUUUGUGUUGGGGAAAGGAGAUCAUCGGUCCAAAGUGCCAAAAUCAGUUCUCUAGGUGGCUGCAAUUGUGCCCUACUUUUCUAGGGUGAGGAGAGCUGGAGAGCAGUAUAAAAUACAGCACCUAGGAGAGGGAAGGCUACAUGUAUGUAAAAGUCUGUGUGUGUGCAUACAUGUGCACACACGUAUCUGUACUGUGCAAAUGAAUGUUGUUGGUUAUAGUACAUACCUUAGUCUGAAAUACAUGGAGUUGUGUGAUUUCUUGCAAGUCUGCAAUCUUUCCAGUGUUGUGCUUGCUACUGUUGUUAUGCUUAACACCUUAUGUCCAGUUUGAUUAAAGGUAUCAUACCUCUUUCAACAGUAAAGAGCCAAGCAUAUAUAUUUCAGUACAAGAAGCUGUCAGGGUAUUUUCUCAGUCUGGGUUAGGCAAUACCAUUUCACUUUUUAUUUUGUUUUCAUUAAUGCCCUGUUUUAAAUAGGGAAAAAAAAAAAGUGGCCAUUAGUUUAAGAGUUUGAUUACACUCUUGAAUGUUUCCUGCUUUAGGGUGAUUUCCACUGAAAAACAAACAAAUUUCAGGUUUGCUUUAGAAAACUUUCUGGAAUAAAAGAAGGUUUUUUUCACUCCAUAGAGCUUUACUCAUAUAGGCAACAUAGAAUAGACAGAAAGUAGAAUUUUACAGGUAAAGGGGAGUUUGUCAUUUACUCUAUUGUGCAACUUUUUUCUGUAAGGAAAAAAGAAAAUCUCAAGAAUAGUAUAAAAAGAGUAAAAUUCUGAUGACUUUUUCUUAAGUUAGAUCCUCAGCACUGUUUGACAAAGUAUUUCAUGAAGUAAAAGCCACAUCUGUUAUAUCUACGCUACCUCUCAUCUGCAUAUCUCUACAAAUCUCUGAAAGAAACUAGAAUUCAAGUAUCUUCCAAAUAGUAAAGGAUUUUUUCAGGCAGGUACUUUUUCCCCAUUUAAGUAUUCUUUUGGCAAUAUUUUAAGAUAGUUCUUAAAAU